AUGGGAUCUGUUUUAUUGAGCUGCAUGCAAAAAAGCAAUUUAGAAGAAGUUAAGGUUUCACCAGCUAAAGAUAAUUUUUUUGCAUUUGAAGCUAUUGACAAUGAUGGUAAACUUAGAAAGAUGAGUGAGUUUAAGAAUAAAAAAUGCAUCCUCGUAGUAAAUGUAGCUUGCAAGUGUGGAUUAACCUCAGACCACUACAAAUAGUUAGUUGAAAUUUACAAAUAAUACAAGUCUAGAGGUUUUGAAAUUCUGGCUUUCCCAACAAAUGAUUUCAUGGAAUAAGAACCUUGGGAUAAUAACAAAAUCAAAGAAUAUGUUUAGACUAAUUUUAAUGUUGAUUUCUAGCUAUUUGAUAAGAUUUAAGUGAAUGGAGAAAAUUGUCAUGAAAUUUAUAAAUUUUUAAGAUUUAAUUCUGAAUUGCAUGACUCCAAGACUGGAAAGACUAGAUAAAUACCUUGGAACUUUGCUAAAUUUUUAAUAAAUCCACAAGGAAAAGUAGUGAAGUUCGUAAGCCCUAAAUACAAUCCAGAAGUAAUGAUACCUGAUAUUGAAGCUAUGCUUGAUGCUUGA